GAAACUAUAAUAUACCUAACACACGUAUAUAUAUACUUAGUCGUAAGAUGGCAACAACACCGGGUGUCGCGGGUGUCAAGCAAGCAGCAAAAUAUAUAAUUGGGAAGUGCAUACCAUCUUGGAAAACAAAUGCAGUUAAAGUACAAAUUCCAAAUUUUGAGUACGAUGAAAAUUUGCACAUGCAUUUUAGAAGGCUUGACUUCUGCUAUGCACAUGAUCCAGAUAAAACAUGUAAGACUGGCGAUCUGAUUUUAAUCGAAGUUCUACCAGAAAAAAUGACAAGAUUGAUUACUCACAAGGUCGUUGAAAUUCUUUUUCCCACAGGAAACUUUGUAGACCCUAUCACAGGUAAAAAAGUGGCAGGUAGUAAGUACAGGGAUAAUAUAUGUGAAGUCAAUGAAAUGUAUGGAAAAACUGAAACUGGUUUUGACUAUAACAAAGCACCCUCUAGAGGAUCUCUGGAAGAUAAAAAAGAUUUCACACAUAAGCCAUCUUACAGAAAAUAUUAUGAAGAUCCCAACAAGCCACAACCUUAUGGCAUUUGA